AUGUCCGGUUGGCUGCUAAAGGACCCUGACAUAAAGGUACGGAGCAACUAUCCCCCGUACGUAGAGGCCGUCAAACGCUUCUAUAAUGACCUGAUCCCCAGAAUCACCGACCUACAGCGUUCUAAUGGUGGACCAAUCAUAGCCGUGCAGGUAGAGAACGAGUUUGGUUCCUAUAGCACCGAGGUUGAUCACCUACACACCAUUAGAGAGAUCCUACUAAACAAUGGGAUUAAGGAACUCCUCUUGACGUCAGAGAAUAUAUUUGGAUUAAAGAGAGCUCCAUUCUGUAAAUACGCCCUGCCCACCGCUAACUUCCCCUCCAUGGAAGACGGAAGCAAACUGUUCCGGAUGAUCCGGGAAUGGAGUCCCGAAUUUCCUCUGAUGGUGAUGGAGUUUUGGCCCGGCUGGUUUGACCACUGGGGACAGCCCCACAAAGGACUAGAUAUCCCUGCUUUUGAGGCGUGUCUGUCGGGGGUGCUAGACGCCGGGGGGUCCUUCAACAUGUACAUGUUCCACGGAGGGACCAACUUCGGCUUUAUGGCGGGAGCAAACUACUUCGAGGGGUCCCACUAUAAACCUGACGUCACCAGCUAUGAUUAUGACGCGCCAUUGUCGGAAGCAGGAGACAUCACUCCAAAGUAUAUGAGAGCAAGAGAAAUUAUCUUGGAGAAAGGCCUGAAACCCCAGGGAAUAACGUCUUUGCCAGAAAUUCCUCCUAAUUUACCAAAGAAAGCUUAUGGUAAAAUAGCAGUAUCACAGUAUUUAGAUUUCAGGACAGUUUUAUCUCUAAUGACCCCAAUAACGUCUAAAGAACUGGGGUUAAUGGAGAACCUUGACUACCACCAGGGCUAUGGCCAAUGUUUCGGUUAUGUCUUAUACCAGGCAGAGAUCCAGGCUGGAACGGAACUAUCGUUUACAGACAUACCCAAAGACAGAGCACAGGUUUUUGUCAAUGGCGAAGAGAAAGCCGUACUCGACUGGCUGAAUACAGAUAAAAAGAUCAACUUGGGACAGAUCUCAGAUGGGAGCAGUUUAGAGAUCUUGGUGGAAAACCACGGGCGAGUGAAUUAUAUUGAGUUUGGCUCUAAUAGAUUCAACGAAGAGAGGAAAGGUAUUUGUGGAUCUGUAAAAUUGGAUGAAAAGGAAAUCAAGCAGUGGCGAAUUUUUCCGUUAGAUUUCAAAUCCAAAUUCCUUGACAGCCUUCAUCGUUGUUCCAAUUGGAAGUCACCUGUGGAGGGUGUGAGGGGACCUCUAGUUGCCAAGACAACGUUACAUAUAGAUUCGUCUCCAUGUGAUACUUUUCUUGAUAUGAAGGGUUGGAAUAAAGGCAUUGUAAUAGUGAACAACUUUAACUUGGGGAGAUACUGGAAAGUCGGGCCCACAAGGACCCUGUAUAUUCCAGCCCCGCUGCUGAAACAGGGUCAAAAUGAGAUCCUAAUUUUCGAGCAGCAUGAGUCAUGUGGUACUGUCAGUUUUAUUGAUGCCCCUCUGCUGGGAGAGAAAGUGGUCACUAAGGAAGUCGACUCUGCAUGCUACCCCACAGAGUCUGUAUAACCAACCCGACUAAACAGAGUCUGUUUCGCGAACCCGACCUCAUAAGUCUGAUUUAAUACCCUGACAGGAGGGGGAUGAAUGAUUAAAAAGUGUGGUAUUUAACGAAUUGUAUGAAAUGUUGUAUAUCAACAUUUUGCAUCGAAUGUCUGUAUGAUAUGAUCAAAUGAAUUUUUGCUGCAUGUUAACAUUUAGAAUGAUGAAAUAUCGCAUUCAUUAAAUAGAGUACAUUUAAUGUAUGAUGUGUUAGCUACAUUUAGUAGUAUUUUGAUUACAGAUUGAGCACAAUAUACUGAGUAAUAAAGAAGUAGGGGAACAAAAGAAAGCCAGACUAGAAUUGCAAUUUUGUUAUUUAAAAUACCGUAAACCUGAAUUUUUCUGAAGGAUGCUAUUUUUGCAAAGUUUUGCAGUAAAGCCUCCAUUGCAAAAAAA